CUUCAAGUUGAGGGCCUAGGCUUAGUCAGUUUGAAAAGGAAUUAUUUUAUCUAUUUUUUUUAUCAAGAUGGUUGCAAAUAAACUAUUGGCAGUACGCGUUUUGGCAGAUCGAACGUCUUCCAUUCACUGUAUGUGAUCAGAAAGAAAAACGUUCCCAGAAUCUUAGACGACUUCCUCUUUCAGUUGUGGAAAGAGCUCAAAGAAACAAGACUCGUGAUAAGUCUUCGAGCCUGUUUCUAGGGUUUAAACUUUAAACUCAGAACGAUCCCUUUCUGCUCUGCGCAAGCUUUUGAUAGGUCUCUUAACACAUAUAUAGAUGGAUUUACAAGGGCAGAAGCUCUCAGAGCAUCUGAUGCAGAUCCUGCUGGUGGUGUUUGCCAUAGCGGCAUUCACCACUGGUUACAUGACAGGUUCCUUCGAAAACAUGCUUCUUAUAUCUGUUGGAGGUGCAGUUCUAACCUUGUUGAUCACUGUACCUGACUGGUCCUUCUUCAAUCGCCACCCACUCAACUGGUUAGCAAGCCAGGAGGCUGAACAGAAUCCAAAGCCUAAGCUCCAACCCUCACCUUCCAAAAGGUUUACAAAGAAGACUUCUUCCAAGUAGAACUCAUUAGCAAUUACCUAAUUUCACGCAUUUUCUUGAUAGCCAACAGUUGUGAUGGCACUUGCUGUGUGAUACUUUUUGAUAAUGAGGAGCAGUGUUUCCCUCACUUCUUUUAAUUUGAUUCACGAUUAGGGGAUGUAUUUUAUCUUUUUAUGAUUGUUCUUGUGGAAUUUACUAUGAUUUGCAUCCUGCUGUGGUUACCUUACUCGGCUGUGGACUUCAUUUUGCACUCUCUAGUGGGCAUUCUCCUGUUUGAUGAAGGCUUGUAGUAGCUGGUUUUUACUGAUAGUGUGCAUGCGAGUAUGUAUGAAAGAUGAUCAGAUUUGAAUUGAAUAUGAAAUAUAUCAGUAGUCUGAGAGUUC